GGCGCUGCCGACACGCCGCGCUGGCGCCGGGCCCGCACGGAGGGGUGCCGGGGAGGGCGGUGCUGUCCCACGGCCGAUCGGGCGCUGAGAUGGCGGCGGUGCUGUGGCGCGGAGCGGCCGGGCUUCUUUGCAGAUUGCAGACUUCUGCUCCCACAGUACGAGCUCUAUCAUCGUCAAAGUCCUUUUCACAAAACAUUCCAAGCUGUUUGUGGAAACUGGGCCGACUUAAUCACGUGGCCAUUGCAGUGCCCGAUUUGGAGAAAGCUCAGUCCUUGUAUAAGGAUGUGUUAGGAGCCCAGGUGAGUGAGACUGUUGCUCUUCCUGAACAUGGUGUCUACACUGUUUUUGUGGAGCUGGGAAAUACCAAGCUGGAACUUCUACAUCCUUUAGGAGAGAAAAGUCCCAUUGCAAGCUUCCUGCAAAAAAACAAGACUGGAGGAAUGCAUCAUAUCUGCAUUGAGGUUGAUGACAUAAAAGCGGCUAUGACAGAGCUGAAGAAAAAAAAGAUACGAAUACUGAGUGAAGAACCAAAAAUAGGUGCACAUGGCAAACCUGUGAUUUUUCUUCACCCUAAAGAUUGCCAUGGAGUCCUUGUGGAACUUGAGCAAGCUUGAGCUGCAAUAUUCAUAAAUAAAACAAUAGAAGAGUUGUGAAGUUCCUGGACUGGUGCUGGGAAUACUGAUGUGGUAUUCAGUCUUCACAAGUUCAUUCUAGUUCCCAUGGAUGAAGUACAGCUUUUGAGUACUGAAAUAGUGCUACAGAUUUAGGGUCUUUCUUUGUUGUUGUUGCUGGUUUGAUUUUCAGAAUUAACAUGUUGGCAUUUCUUGAUUUCUCUGUGAUUCUAAACACAAAUGCAUGAGCUAAGUUCCAUAGGUACCAUAGUAAUUUAUCUUUUGUUGCCUGUUUGCGGCAUGAUUUUACCUCUGUAGCCACAGAAACUGUACAGUUUCUAGGUCAAGCUGCAUUAUUUUGCUCUACAUUUCAAAGCAGAGACCCACUUCUCAGUGACAACAAUAUAGCUUAGACAUUUUCUUUAGAAAGAAAGGAAAAUGAAUCAUGUUCUCUUUUCACCAUUCACCAUCUGUGUUUCACACUGAUUGAUUUGUUCAUGCAAUAAAAAAUCCAUAUAUUAUUGUA